GUGGUCCCGUCGGUCAGACCGCAGAGAGGACACUAAACACCGAACAGCACCGAGCUCCGUGCGGAUCCUCCAGGAUGCAUGGGGGCAAGAGAGGGCUGGUGGCUCCGCAGAACACCUUCCUGGAAAACAUCGUCCGGCGCUCCAGCGAAACCAGCUUCCUUUUAGGAAAUGCACAGAUCGUGCAGUGGCCAGUAGUUUACAGCAACGAUGGGUUCUGCAAGCUGUCUGGAUACCACAGAGCCGAGGUCAUGCACAGGAGCAGCACAUGCAAUUUCAUGUACGGUGAUCUGACCGAUAAGCAGACUAUAGACAGCAUCAGACAAACCUUUGACAGCUACGAGUCAAACUUCUACGAGGUGCUUCUCUAUACCAAAAAUAGAACACCAAUAUGGCUUUACAUGCAGGUCGCCCCGAUCAGAAACGAGAACGACAAGGUGGUGCUUUUCCUCUGCACCUUCAGGGACAUCACGCUUUUCAAACAGCCGAUCGAAGAUGAAGCAACCAAAGGAUGGACAAAGUUUGCCAGACUGACUCGGGCUCUGACCAACAAUCGCAAUGUGGUGCAGCAGUUGGCUCCGCUGAACAAGACUGAGGUCAGCCACAAGCCGUCCAGGCUGGCCGAGGUGAGCAGUGCCCAGGCUCUCCAACUGGGAUCAGACAUCCUGCCUCAGUACAAACAGGAAGCACCUAAAACUCCUCCACACAUCAUCCUCCACUACUGCACCUUCAAGACCACGUGGGACUGGGUCAUCCUAAUACUCACCUUCUACACGGCCAUCAUGGUGCCCUACAACGUCUCCUUCAAGACCAAGCAGAACAACCUGGCCUGGCUGGUGGUGGACAGUGUGGUCGACGUCAUCUUUCUCAUCGACAUCGUGCUCAAUUUCCACACCACCUUUGUGGGUCCAUCUGGAGAGGUGAUAUCAGACGCCAAACUGAUCCGGAUGAACUACAUGAAGACGUGGUUCGUCAUCGACCUGCUGUCCUGUCUGCCCUAUGACAUCAUCAACGCCUUUGAACAUGUGGACGAGGACGUCCUCACUCACACCUCUCCAGCGAGUCAUCUUCGUGACUCUUCAAAUUUCCACAGAAACAGCACACGGAUCGAAGACUCUGUUCUCCCAGGUCUCAGCAGCCUCUUCAGCUCCCUAAAAGUGAUCCGUCUGCUCCGUUUGGGUCGAGUCGCCCGUAAGUUGGACCACUACCUGGAGUACGGAGCCGCCGUCCUGGUUCUGCUGGUUUGCGUCUUCGGCCUGGUGGCCCACUGGCUCGCCUGCAUCUGGUACAGCAUCGGGGACUAUGAGGUCAUCGAUGAGAACACCAACACCAUAAAGAUGGACAGCUGGCUCUACCAGCUGGCCAUUAGCAUCGGGACUCCUUACCGCUACAACGCCAGUGGUACGGGCCAGUGGGAGGGAGGACCCAACAAAGACACUCUGUACAUUUCUUCUCUUUACUUCACCAUGACGAGUCUCACCACCAUCGGAUUUGGCAACAUCGCUCCAACGACAGAUGGCGAGAAGAUUUUCUCUGUGGCGAUGAUGAUGGUGGGCUCGCUUCUAUAUGCGACCAUCUUUGGAAACGUCACCACCAUCUUCCAGCAGAUGUACACCAACACCAACCGCUACCACGAGAUGCUCAACAAUGUGCGCGACUUCCUCAAGCUUUAUCAGGUUCCCAAAGGUCUGAGCGAGAGGGUCAUGGACUUCAUCGUCUCCACCUGGGCCAUGUCGAAGGGCAUCGACACUGAUAAGGUUCUCUCCAUUUGUCCCAAAGACAUGCGAGCCGACAUCUGCGUCCACCUCAACAGGCAGGUGUUCAACGACCACCCGGCGUUUCGUCUGGCCAGCGACGGCUGCCUGCGCUCCCUGGCUGUGGAGUUUCAGACCACCCACUGUGCACCCGGAGACCUCAUCUUUCACAUCGGAGAGAGCGUCGACACACUCUGCUUCGUCGUCUCGGGUUCACUUGAGGUCAUUCAGGAUGAUGAGGUCAUCGCCAUACUAGGUAAAGGUGAUGUAUUCGGAGACGUGUUCUGGAAAGAAACCACGCUGGCUCGAGCCUGCGCCAAUGUCCGAGCUCUGACUUACUGCGAUCUGCACGUCAUCAGGAGAGAAGCUCUGAUGAGGGUUCUGGAGUUUUACACCGCGUUCGCCAACACGUUCUCCCGCAACCUCAUCCUCACCUGUAACCUACGGAAACGGGUAAUCUUCAGAAAGAUCGCCGAUGUGAAGCGGGAGCAGGAGCGCCAGAGGAGCGAGGUGACGCUCUCCAUUCCUGACGACCAUCCUGUUCGCAAGCUGUUCCAGAAGUUCAGGCAGCAGAGAGAAGCCCAGACACCGGGAGAGUCUCACACUUACUUCGAUCACAACUGUGUGCAGGUGGAACCGCAGGACCACCAUCACACCGAAUCAAACUCUUACACCCAGCCUGCAGCUUCUCAGCAGCAGUACAGCAACGGAGGAGGUGGAGGUGCAGGAAGCAACACGGCCGCACCUCCACAAGCUGAGAAGUCAGAGCAAAGCUGCACGCAAGAAGCAGUGGAGUCCAUAUCGAGACCUUGUGCGGAGAGUCAGCCUCACCAGAAGGCCAACAGUCCUGCAAGGAGCAGCGGCGGAGGUUCAGACGGAGCUGCAGGUGGUGUUCCCAGAGUUGGCAGAGGUUGGGCAAAGUUCAGGAACGCCACCUCUGCUGAGCCUCCACGUCCUGCUGUGGUACAAGAAAAGCCGACACCCAAAGCAGAAGACUGGCCGAAGGGAUCCCAGUCCUCAGAACUGUUUGCAGCCACCAACAAGAUCCAGGAGAUGGAGGAAGGUGGAGACACGGGAGGCAAUGAGGGCGGCAACAGCGCAGGAGAGGAAACCAGCGCCAUGCACAAGACUGACUCGUGCGACAGCGGCAUCACCAAGAGCGACCUCCGCAUCGACCGGGCGGGAGAUUCAAGGAGCUCCUUUGAGCGAAGCCCGAUGGAGAAGAGCCCGUUGGAGAGGAAUCCGUUUGAGCACAGUCUGGGGGUUUACAGCGAGGUCUCCCUCAAACACUCCUUCGUGCAGCCGGUUUCUGAACAAGCGCUGCUUCAGUCGACGCUGCAUGAGGCAAAGCUGGAGCUGAAAGGAGACAUUCAGAUACUGAGCGGCCGACUGUCGCUGCUCGAGUCUCAUGUGAGCGAAAUCCUCCGGCUGCUGUCGGUAAAACGAAGACUCUCGCUGCCUCCGACUUCUUCACCAAAAGCAAGAGUGAAGAGUCCAGACACUGCCCCGAGGCCUGAAACACCAAAAACAGACGAUGGGCCUUUUUGAAUUGAUUGAUUAAAUAAUGGAUCUAUUUAAGAACAGGAACUGAUUUAACCCUCCUGUUGUCCUCAUUUACAGGCACCAAAAGAUAUUGCUUCCUGAAAAAAAUCCAAAAAUUCAGCACAAAAUUGCCCCAAAAUUCUGAAAAUUUGUAAAACCGUCAGGAAGAAAAUUCCAAUACUUCCUUAAAAGUUUCCCUUAAAAGUUUUAUUUAAAAAAUCCCUCAAAUUUGGCAAGAAAGUUCUUGUAAUUAUUUUCAAAAAAUUAGUAAAAAUCUUCCAAAAAAAUCCUAAAAAUAUCUAGUGAUUACAUAUAUAUCAGUAAAACUUCUAAUAUUUUCUUUAAUGUUCUUAAAAAACAUUUUUAACAUUUCUUUUUUUCCACCCAAAAAUGUUCAAAGAUUUCCCAAAAAUGUUGAAAAUGUGGACAUCAGAAGUUUCACUGUGAAAAUAUAUAUAUUUUCCACAUUUUCAAACUUUAAAACGGGUCAGUUUUGACCCGCAGGACGACACGAGGGUUAAAGAAGCAUCGUGCAUGUCCUGCUGAGCUAAACUCUUGACUGCAUGCAGAAGUUCUCUUCAUGUUAAAUUAGCACGACAAAAACCCAGGAGUUUUUCUAAUAGUCUUUGAUUGUGAGGUGCUCUGAUGGACUUGUGUGUUCUACAUGUGAGAACGCCGAGAAGGAACAACUUAGAACAAGAAAAACAAUACGGACAGUGUUGCUGCCAGGAAGUUACAUUAAGACAAUGUAAAACUAUAAGUCUAAAUGAUGAUGCUCUGAUGAAGGUGCUUGUUGAAACAUGUCAGCCUGAGGAAGACAUUGAGAUCACUAUUUUUCAUUAUCCUGUCAUUCUCUUCCUUAACUUGGAUUUUUUUUUAUGCCAGUUUGCAGCUCAUGUCUUUAACCUUUCUGUGCUGUUUUUGGUACUAACCAGCAAGGUUUACGGGUCAUACAAUUUACAGUUUACAGUUACAUUUAGCAGACUCUUUUAUCCAAAGUGACAUACAUCUGAGAGUAGAUACAAGGCAGGUUGGCAGGGCAGCACUAAGGACCUUGGCCAAUAGUCCUCACUGGACAACUGUACCCUGACUGGGAUUUGAACCAUUGAUCUCCCAUGCCAAAGUCAGGGAUGCUAGUCACCAUACUUAAUUAGGUUUUCACAAUACUACAGUCAUGAGAAUUUCUGUAAAACUACUUAACAGACGUUGAGUUUAUGUCAAUUACAAGCGAUAUACACUCAUAAAAAAAAGUUUCUAUACACUUGUAAAGGCCAUGAAUAUCAUGGCAGUCUUGAAUUUCCAAUGACUCCGAUAACUCUGAGUUUUCUUCGAUGGAAUCAUUGAAACACGUGUCUUUGUCACUAAAAACAAUCAUGUAUUUUGAUCCUGUCAUAGAUCUAUUACAGAUCUUCUGGAAAUAUGACCAAAUCUGCUGGGUCAAAAAUAUACAUACAGCAAUGCUAACCUUUAGUUAAACAUCCUUUUGUCAUUUUUACCUCAACCAAGCUCUUUUGGUAGCCGACCACAAGCCAACCAGAAGCUUGACCACUCUUCUUGACAGAACUGUUAAAAUAUAUUUGUUGUCUUUCUGACUUGUUUCUUCAUUACAGUCCAUGGGUUCUUGAUGGGGUUUAAGUCAGGACUUUGGGUAGACCAGUCUAAAACCAUAAUCCUAACCUGAUUUAGAAAUUUCUUUGCCAUUGUCAUUGUCUUGUUGGAACUCAACUGUGUCCAAGACCCACCUUCUGGCUGAUGGUUCUAGGUUUUCCUGAACAAUGUGGAGGUAAUCCUCCCUCUUCAAUAUUCCAUUUAUUUUGUGUAAAGCACCAGUUCCACAGAGCAUAAUACUGCCACCAUUAAAAUGAAUCUGUAUAGGAACAACAGUGGUACAAAAAUGGUUCUAGAAAAAGUUUUAUCAGAAAAAUAAAAGUUUGUAAGUAUGUAACUUAAGUUAUAACACAAAAUCUGAUCAAUGGGUGAUGGAAAUAAUGUCUACAAUAUGGUGGACAAGGUUCUGUUCAAACUAUGAAACAUGAAAAUUUAUAGCAAGACACGCACUCAAUAACACAAAAAAUCUUUUUCUCUUUUUUUUAAACAGUAUUUACACUUGCUUUCACCCACAAUUCUUGAUUUUUUUCAUUACCAUCAGGUUGAAAAAGCUUGAACACCACAUAUAUAAUAUGUGCAUGCAAUAUAUGCAUCAUUUUCAUUUUAAUAAAUAUUGAAAAUGGGUCCCAGAGAACCCAACGACACAUAAGAGUUAAACAACUUUCACUUGCUGGUGUCUCUGAGAAAACUUAUGUUAUUGCACAGAUUUCCAAAUAUACGUGUGACUCCCUUUAUCUUAUUAUAGAUUUAUUAAUUGUCAGGUAACUACAUGUGCCUUACAAUAGUAAAGCCUCACUAAGAGUUGUUUAGAUGAAGGACGAUCGACUCUAUGUUUUAUAGUUUAACUGUUGAGGACAAUAUUUUCUCCUUUGAGUCAUUUUCUCUUUUACGAACAGUUAGGAAACUAAUCUUCCGAUGCACGCAAAUAGGAAUAACAAUGCGAUUUAAUAUUACAUGUUAUCUUUUUUGUCCUUAAACGAUUUCUUUCCCUUGAACUAGGAUAUUUCAGCAGGUAAUUGCAACAAACUCAAUGCAUAUUCUGUCAUGUACGUUUACCUCUUGCUCAGGUAUAUUUAUUUUAAAAUUAAUAUUUAUUUCAGUGUGUUUAAACAGUAGUAAUGCAUAUCAUGUUUAUAGAGCACGGUGUAUUUUAAAUGUUGGGUUUCUACGCACCGCUAUGCAAAUCUAAAUGCAACGGCACUAAACUCUGUGAUGCAAACAGAAAAAUCUUCAUAUGUUUGGAUAGAAGUGUUAGUUUUCUGUGUGACUGCGACUCUUCUUAACUGUAAGGAUGUAAGCAUGUGACUGAGUAGUACAUCUAUUUUAUGUUAGCUCUAUAAAUGACCUCGCAUGCGUCCGAGGGAACCUGUCAACUGUGAAAUGAAUAAUGAAAACUGAUGCCUGCUCACCA